GGACGGACAUACCGGCUUCUCAGUAUUUAUAGAGGGACCUGACUUAUUGGUAAUCACACCAAGAACAGCCCAGUGAACUAUUCAAAAGCCAGCAACAUUUAUCACAGAAAAAGUGCUGCUCCAGGAAUAAGCCGAGGCUUCAGGAUCAACUUAGAAAACAGGACAGAAAACGCAAAGACGCUGAACUGUUUUACACAGAAGUCCGGCAGAUCCUCGCAUCCCCACAUCAUGGCUCCUCAGCUGCAACCCAAUCCACUGUCCAGCAUGCGAGUCCUGCAGGGAGACCUGGGCGCGCUGAGCCCCGCUCUGAGGGACUUCAUCGAGCAGAGCGCCCGCCUGUGCCAGCCCGACAGCCUGCACAUCUGCGAUGGAUCCGAGGAGGAGAGCAGGAGGGUACUAGCGCUGCUGGAGGAGCAAGGCAUGAUCAAGAAACUCACCCAGUACGAGAACUGCUGGCUGGCCCGCACAGACCCCCGGGAUGUGGCUCGAGUGGAAAGCAAGACGGUGAUCGUGACGGAGGAGCAGAGGGACACCGUGCCCACGCCCACCAGCGGCACCAGCCAGCUCGGACGCUGGAUGUCGGAGGAGGAGUUCGAGAAAGCCAAGAAUCUCCGAUUCCCCGGCUGCAUGAAAGGGCGCACCAUGUACGUCAUCCCCUACAGCAUGGGCCCCGUGGGGUCCCCCCUGUCGAAGAUCGGGGUGCAGCUGACGGACUCCCCCUACGUGGUGGCCAGCAUGCGCGUGAUGACCAGGAUGGGAUCGGCUGUGCUGGAGACCCUAGGAAGCGAAGACUUCGUCAGGUGCCUCCACUCAGUGGGGUGCCCCCUGCCUCUCAAGAAGUCGCUGGUGAAUAACUGGCCCUGUAACCCCGAGCUCACCCUGGUGGCUCACAUCCCAGACAAGCGGCAGAUCAUCUCCUUCGGCAGCGGCUACGGAGGCAACUCCCUGCUGGGCAAGAAGUGCUUUGCUCUGAGGAUCGCCUCCCGCAUCGCCAAGGAGGAGGGCUGGCUGGCCGAGCACAUGCUGAUCCUGGGCAUCACCAAUCCUGAGGGCCGGAAGAAGUACAUCGCUGCUGCGUUCCCGAGCGCCUGUGGAAAGACCAACCUGGCCAUGAUGAACCCCUCUCUGCCGGGCUGGAAAGUGGAAUGCGUGGGAGAUGACAUUGCGUGGAUGAAGUUCGAUGAAGAAGGUAACCUGAGAGCCAUCAAUCCAGAGAACGGCUUUUUCGGAGUGGCCCCUGGAACCUCAGUGAAGACCAACCCCAAUGCCAUGAAGACCAUCAUGAAGAAUACCAUCUUCACCAACGUGGCGGAGACCAGCGACGGCGGCGUGUGCUGGGAGGGCAUCGACGAGCCUCUGCCCGAGGGAGUCUCUGUGACCUCCUGGAAGAACCAGCCCUGGAGCCCGGAGAGCGAGGAGCCCUGUGCCCACCCCAACUCCCGCUUCUGCACCCCGGCCAGCCAGUGCCCGAUUAUCGACCCCGAGUGGGAAUCUCCCGAGGGGGUACCCAUCGAGGCCAUCAUCUUCGGAGGGCGCAGACCUCAAGGCGUGCCUCUGGUUUACGAAGCCUUCGACUGGCAGCACGGCGUGUUCGUUGGCGCAGCGAUGAGGUCAGAGGCCACGGCAGCAGCAGAGCACAAAGGCAAGGCCAUCAUGCACGACCCCUUCGCCAUGAGGCCAUUCUUCGGCUACAACUUCGGCAAGUACCUGGCGCACUGGCUGAGCAUGGAGCACCGGCCCCAGGCCAGGCUGCCCAAGGUCUUCCACAUCAACUGGUUCCGUAAGGACGAGCAAGGCCGCUUCCUGUGGCCAGGCUUCGGGGAGAACGUGCGCGUCCUGGAGUGGAUGUUCAAGCGCGUUGACGGCGAGGCCGGGGUCUUCCCCUCCGCCAUCGGCUACCUGCCCACCGAGGGAGCCCUCAACGUCCAGGGGCUGGGCUCCAUCAACCUUAAGGAGCUCUUCAGCAUCUCCAGGGACUUCUGGGAGCAGGAGGCUCGCGAGAUCCGGAGGUACUUCGAGGAGCAGGUCAACGACGACCUCCCCUUCGAAAUCGAGGUCCAGCUUCGACACCUGGAACAGAGGAUACAGCAGCUCUGAGGAGCCGUCAAACACAACAACUACCAAACCUCAGCCAACAAACAGGGCAUGGCAUAACCAGCAGAGCAAAAAGCAGCUGACAAAGGCAUGCUGCACAACAGCCUGCGCAAGGCAGUGGAAACCAGUGUAGGCACUGAUUGUAUGCUUUGAUGUGCUCUACAGUGUUUAGCGUAUAGUGAUUACGUAUGCCCUGACCUUAAUCAGUCUAGAUUGCACAGUCAAGUGCAUGCACAGUCAGGGAUGUACUGAAUCCAUGUUUUGUUAGCCAUUGUUGAUUGUGUCUCAAGUUAUUGUCGUACACGUUUUUAGGUGACAGCAUAAAACGUUUCUAUGUGUUCCAGGGGAACCAUUUUUAAAGUAACAUGUCAAUGCAAUCUUCGAAUAUGAAUGUUACUGGAAGAUUUUCUGUCUACUGAUCUUUUUUGUGUUAACUGUCCUAGAAAUGUGAAUUUAUUUUUUAUAUACUAUUGUGUAAUGCUUGUUUAAACUCUUUAUAUUUAAAAAAAAGCAUCUAGAGGAAACUAAAUAAAAUAUUUGUUUUAUUUAUAAA